AUGUCGAUAGUUUUCCCCGCCAUACGUGUGAAUUGUGAGGAGCCAAGGCGGCGCGGCAGUGGACGCGCGACAGACGCGCGGGCUGCUCUACGCGGCCCCGCUUCGGCCCACACCACACGCCCAGAAACCGUCACCAUGGGCCAAACAGCCGGCGCCGAAUGCACGCCUGAAGACGAAGACUCAGAGCCACGCAUUCGUGUCAAUCCCACGGAAAAAUCACUGACGGAAAGUGAGACGUCAUGCGAAGAAGCAGCAAGACUGACGGCGGAAGGCGCAGCCGCAGACGCCGACGACGAUGAGGCCUACGACUAUGGAGCCCUGCCCCCUCCCCCCGACGGGGGCUACGGCUGGGUCGUGGUCUUCGCAUCCUUCAUGUGUAACAUGAUUGUGGACGGCAUAGCCUACACAUUCGGCAUAUUCCUACCAGAAUUAGUGACGUACUUCGGCGAGGGUAAAGGCACUGUCGCGUGGGUCGGCAGUCUUCUAUCAGGAUUCUAUCUAGCGGCUGGUCCUGUUGUUUCGGCGUUAUGCAACAAGUUCGGGUGCCGAGCAGUGUGCGUGGCUGGGUCGUUUGUAGCAGCUGCUGCUUUCGUCCUAUCCACGUUCAGUAAAAGUGUCACUAUGAUGAUGAUCACUUACGGAUUAAUCGGAGGCCUCGGCUUCGGUAUGAUCUACCUUCCAUCUGUGGUUGCCGUGGGUUACUACUUCGAGUCCCGGCGAUCCCUUGCUACGGGUAUCGCUGUAUGUGGCUCAGGAGUGGGAACCUUCAGUUUUGCGCCCUUAGCCGCGCUACUGCUCAAUGAGUUCGGAUCCUGGCAAAAUGCUAACUUGUUGUUGGCUGGCCUGAUCCUUAACUGUGCUGUUUUCGGUGCCCUAAUGAGACCGUUGGUCUAUCCUAAGACAUCAGGCGAAAAGCCGUUAUUGCAACGUAUGGCUGAAGAAAAAAGGUUGCAAAUGGAACGAGGGUCUAUAGGAGGUUCAUACUUCGUGGUCCAGCUCCCAGACGGUACUAUGGAGAAGCGGUUGAAGGUGAACGUUGUAGACGAUACUGCGCCGCUAAACAUUGAUCCUGGAGUGCACUCUUCGCUAAACUUGGAAGCGUUGGCGCGAGUACCGACUGUUCCUAAUAUGCCUGGAGUACCGACUGUGCCUACGUUACCCACUAUUACUGAGGCUAAAGUUGCUGAUGACGGUGAGGAGAAAAAGAAGGGCGAAAACGGCAACGUAACAGUGAACCCGCAACAGCAGUUGAUGUCCCGCAACGUGUCCUCGCCUGCGUUUAGUGCGCACGCGCCCGGUCUACCCAAGAACGGCUCCGUACCAUUCUUCGACAGGCAGCGCAAACAGAGCACUGGCGACAGGUCCGGUGAUAGAUUCAAACCGUCCCUGGCUGCUAUCAAAGCUACGUCCAAAACUUCAAUGAACAGUCAAUACAGGAAUGCUGAUGGUGACACCGAAAGCAUGAUGUACAACUCUAAACUCUCGGUAUCUGGUCCUAAGGAGCCUUCUCGAAUGGUUCGCCCAAUGUCUAGGAAAGAUAUCUUCUAUUCAGGAUCUGUGCUCAAUCUACCUCAGUACCAAAGCCAGAAGUCCCUGCAAGGAUAUAGGAACUCUGUAUUAAGUCUGCCGCAGAGUAGGCAAACUGGGGACUUGGAGAGACAAGAACAAUACGAUCUAUGCCCCUGCCUAUCGCUUCCUGACUCUUUCAAAUCGGCUCUAUCAUCAAUGUUGGAUGUCAGCUUACUCCGCGACCCUGCCUUCAUGUUGAUCGGAGUGUCCAAUAUAUUCGGCAUGGCGGGGCUCUACGUACCUUUCGUGUACAUCGUCGAUGCUGCCCGGCUUAGUGGUGUAGAACCGUCUCAGGCGUCGUUCCUGUUGUCAAUCAUCGGUAUAACGAACACGAUCGGUCGUAUCGCGUGUGGCUGGGUGGCCGACUUCCCCUGGAUGGACUCGCUGUUGCUCAAUAAUGUCUGCCUUGUUAUCGCCACGAUAUCAGUUGGACUGACACCUUUCUGCACCACGUACGCCACGUACGUCGCUAUUGCUAUCGCCUUCGGUAUCGCCAUUUCUGGGUACAUCUCCCUGACAUCGAUCAUUCUAGUAGACUUACUGGGUCUGGACAAGUUAACGAAUGCCUUCGGUCUUCUGAUCCUGUUCCGUGGCGCGGCCGCCAUGAUAGGUUCCCCCUUGGCCGGCGCUGUGUACGACGCUACUAAGAAUUAUGAUGCAUCCUUCUACAUGGCUGCCGCAUUCUUUUUAGCUAGUACACUCACAUCUUUCGCUGCGCCUUUGUUCCGCAGAAAACAAGAAGAAGUCCAACAACCCAUGGACGUGUUGACCCCCAUUGACGAGGAUUUGGAAGAAGGUGAGGAGGAGGACGAGGAUGACACUCCCAUCACGAUGGGUGCCGCGCUAGCACAACGUCCCCCCGCCAUAGUCCGCACUGCGGCAUCCCCCUCCGAUCCCCCAUCCCCCGACCAACCAACCCCCCAAAGAGAAAGUGUACUCUAA